AUGUUCUACCGCCUGAUUGUGCCUUCAGCGAUGUGGACAGGCUAUGCGCUGAACAUUGCCAUCGGUCUGCAGGUUCUUCUCGCUAGCCUGACUACUGGUUUAUCUGCUGUCGCAGUUGGAAAACAGGGCUCCGUCGUGAUCGUGAUACUUGGGGCGCUUGCUACUCUAGUCGCAUCAUACCUUGCUCGUAUGCGUGGUUCAAACGAACCAGAGCUCUCAAUCACCCGAGUAAAAGACCUUGACCACUUUAUCCGAGACUGCAGGGCGUUCCAGCUAGAUCACGGCAACGAAUAUGGAACCGCUGAGAAUGGGCUCAAUAAAAGAGUGGAUGAGCUCCGGUCCAAAUUCGAGGAAUUGCUUGGGAAUGGAGAUGGUCAACGAAAACUGUCUUCCGUUUAA